AUGCUGCAGGUGGGGCUCAGCCUGCCCCGCUCCCCCGGGGGGGCAGCCGGCGCCUUCCCCGUGACCAAAGGCGAUGACGUGGGUGCUGGGCAAGAGAUGUUUGGCUCAUCUCCAGUCACCAUCACCAUCACCUCUGAAGCUGAUACCUGGGACAUCGAUGCCUCAUCUUGUCUGGGCUGUGGACAGUUUGUGGAUUGGGACAGGAUGCCAGACCCAGAGCAACAGGCAAAUAUUCCCCAGGACAUCCUCAGCAAGCCCCUGAAGGAGCUGAAGAAGCUGGCAAGAGAAGGCUACUGGGCAGGAAGCCGUGCUCUGAGAGCUCAGGUCUACCACCAGCUCAUCCAGCAGGUCUCCUGCCGGCUCGUCACCCCUGAUGCUCUCGUCUACAGGGACGUGGCAAGUCGGCUCUUUGGGAAGCUCAGUGUGAGCUCCCACCCUUUGCCUGAGUUCCUGGAAGGAUGCACCAUGCCCACAUACUGCCUCAACUUGGAAGGGGUCACCGCCUUGAAGAAAAUCCUCAUCUGCAUUGGCAGCCUUUUCCCUGACAUAACCUACAGCCCCAUCCUCCCCUCUCUGGUGGCUUUGCUGCUGCACUACAGUGAAGAUGAAGCUCAGUGCUUCGAGAACAUCUCUCGCCUCAUUGCCAGCAACACUCCCCACACCAGCUACAUUGACCAGUCCUUCCUAGCCCACCAGGCAUCCUGCAUGACUUUUGGGGAUCUGGCCAACAAGCACUGCCCAGCAGCUCACAAACUCAUAGCCAGCACCUCUGAGAACAUCUUUGAGGUCUACUCUGAAUGGUUAUCCUGGCUCUUUCAUGACCUCCCCUUCAGUUACGCCAUCCGUGUCUUUGAUGUCUACCUGCUGGAGGGGCAGAAGGUUCUCUACCGCAUCGCUCUGGCCUUGCUGAAGCAGUACAGGCUCUCGAUGACCUCCACAGAGCUGGAGGGGACUGACAUCAAGGCAGACCUGCAGGCUUUCGUGCAGAACAUUGCUGAGCACGUGACUGUGGACAAACUCCUCGAGAGAGCGUUUGGCAUCCGGCUGUUCUCCCGCAAGGAAAUCUGGCUCCUCCAGAUGGCCAACAGGAAGGCGUUAAUGGAGAGGGGCAUAACCAUGGUGCAGAGCAGGCAGUCCUUCCACCUGUCUGUGGACAUGCAGAGCUUCAGCUCCAGCAUCGUGACAGCUCAAGAGAUGCGCAUUGUCUGGUCCUGGAUCCCUGAGCGCUUCUCCCUCUUCCCUCCACUGCUGCUCUUCUCCACCUCAGAAGAUGGGUGCAGCCUGCAGAGGUUCUACACGUGCUGUGAAGGCUAUGAACCAACAGUGCUGCUCAUAAAGACAACAGAGGGGGAGGUGUGUGGAGCAUUUCUCUCCUCCGACUGGCGUGAAAGGAAAAAGAACGGGGCAACAUCAGGCUUUUUUGGGACAGGAGAGUGCUUUGUGUUCACUGUGCGCCCUGAGACAGAGAGGUACGAGUGGGUGUUCAUCAAGAAGCCAGAGCUGGCCAAAGCCGUGCCACGCUCACGCCAGCGCUCGCCUUCCCCCUCCCCCGAAUCUCUCCUUGGCUUCUCCCCCGCGUGCCACGGCACCACCUCAAACCGUCUCACCGUGCCCACGCCGCAGAGGAAAGGCCGGCUCUCCCCGUUCCUGGCCAUCAGACACUUCCUUCUGCCUUCCAAAACAGCCUCUAUGUUCAUGUCCGGGUCACGGGAAGGGAUCAUUAUUGGUGGAGGGGGUGGCCAAGCUCUGUCCCUCGACGCCAACCUGCUCUGGGGUCACACGGAGCACUGCGAGACCUUUGACAACCCUCCACUCUGCCAGGAGAACUUCAAGGUGCAGCUCUUGGAAGUGUGGGGCUUUCAAAAUGCCUAG